UUAAACCGGACGUUGGGUUGUUGUUGUGGUGUAGGGGGGUUGAGCCCUGCCGGCUCGAGCUUAUAUAGGAUGCUUCGCGCCCUCUCUUUGUGUUUAUGUGUGUUAGAAACAGCGGGGCGAAUGGCGUAGGACAGACACUGUAGUUUUUUUGUUCUGUGGCCUGCCAUUAUUUGAGGGUUUGGGCAGGGAUGGACUCGCGGGUGUCCGAGCUCUUUGGGACCGCCGCUGCCGCACAGAAGUCCGGCUCUCCAGCGGCGACUAAUGGAGCUGCCAUCAGAAAAACCGCCAAAAAUGGCAGCAAAAAGUGUAAAAACCGCUCAGCCCGAUAUCCAAAAGCAAGCAAUAAUCCGCCUUAUCUACCUCCAGAGGCUGAAGAGGGAAACAUUGAGUACAAGCUGAAGCUGGUGAACCCCACGCAGUACCGCUUCGAGCACCUGGCCACCCAGAUGAAGUGGCGCUUACAGGAGGGCCGCGGGGAGGCGGUGUAUCAGAUCGGGGUGGAGGACAACGGGCUGCUGGUGGGCCUGACAGAGGAAGACAUGAAAGCCUCUCUCAAAACACUGCGCAGGAUGGCUGAGAAGGUGGGUGCAGACAUCACAGUUCUCAGAGAGAGGGAGGUCGAUUACGACUCUGACGAGCCACACAGAAUAGCUGAAGUCCUCGUCAGGAAAGUGCCAGAUGAUCAGCAGUUCUUGGACCUGCGGGUAGCAGUGCUGGGUAACGUGGACUCAGGGAAGUCCACUCUGCUUGGUGUACUUACACAAGGAGAGCUGGACAACGGGAGAGGGAGAGCGCGACUCAACCUCUUCAGACACCUCCAUGAAAUCCAGACUGGACGAACCUCAAGUAUCAGCAUAGAGAUCCUGGGUUUUGACAGCAAAGGAGAGGUGGUGAACUACAGUGAGUCUCGAACAGCGGAGGAAAUUUGUGAGAGUGCCUCAAAAAUGAUUACCUUCAUAGACCUGGCAGGCCACCACAAGUAUCUCAAGACCACCAUCUUUGGCUUAACCAGCUACUGUCCAGACUUUGCCAUGCUCGUCGUCAGUGCCAACACCGGCAUCGCGGGGACGACGCGUGAGCACUUGGGUCUGGCCAUGGCGUUGAAGGUGCCCAUUUUCAUUGUGGUGAGUAAGGUGGACCUGUGCGCCAAGGGCACCGUGGAGCGCACCGUCCGACAGCUCGAGCGCAUCCUCAAACAGCCGGGCUGCAACAAAGUGCCCAUGCUGGUGUCCUCGACAGAUGACGCUGUCACUGCCGCCCAAAAGUUUGCACAGUCACCCAGCAUCACCCCCAUCUUCACCCUGUCCAGCGUAACGGGGGAGAGUCUUGAUUUGCUGAAGGUCUUCUUUAAUAUUCUACCUCCCCUCAGCAACAGCAAGGAGCAGGAGGAGCUCAUGCAGCAGCUCACGGAGUUUCAGAUUGAUGAGAUCUACACAGUGCCGGAUGUAGGGACAGUAGUUGGUGGGACUCUUUACAGUGGCAUCUGCCGUGAGGGCGAGCAGUUAGUGGUGGGACCCACGGAUGACGGGAAGUUUCGGGAGCUGACGGUGUGCAGUAUCCAGAGGAAUCGGUCUGGAUGCAGGGUGUUGAGAGCCGGACAGGCCGCUACUCUGGCGCUGGGCGAUUUCGACCGCUCAUUACUGCGAAAGGGUAUGGUGAUGGUGAGCCCAGAGAUGAACCCCACUAUCUGCUGGCGCUUUGAGGCUGAGAUCGUUUUACUCUUCCAUGCCAAAACUUUCCACAAGGGCUUCCAGGUGACGGUGCAUGUGGGGAACGUUAGACAGACGGCCACAGUUGAGGCUCUGCAAGGAAAGGAUGAGCUCCGCACCGGUGAGAAAGCAGUGGUACGAUUCAAGUUCAUCAAACACCCCGAGUACCUGAAGGUGGGUGCCAAGCUGCUCUUCAGAGAGGGAGUCACCAAAGGCAUCGGCCAGGUCACCAAACUACAGCCUGCGUCCCAGUACCAGCAGCAGCCCUGAUGCGGCGGCACCCAUCCGGCUCCUCGCACGCGCUCCUCACGCUUCCCGCCUUCGCUCACCAAACACAGCCUGAACACGCAGCUCUUCUCGUGUGAUCUGGAUCGCCUUCCUCAUGUCACGGUCCUGUGAAGCUUGAACGCGGCCUUCACGCCGCACUUCGGUGGAGUUUUAUCAGUGACGACUGCCUUGCACAGAUCUCCACUCGUCUUUUAACUCCGUUUACAGUCAUAGCAACAGUUUUGUUUUUAGCAUUCGGACGGCACUGAAUAACGCUGUCAGAGUCAGUCCUCGUGCUGCCUUUAUAAUGACACGAUCCUGCGGUCAUUAUUCACUAACCAAAGGAUUGUGAAUUUAAAUACACCAGUUUUUCUUUAGGUAGUUUUUUUUUAGAAGUGGAUGUUUUUAUAACUGAUGUCAAUGAAGAAUCAUUUCUUCUCAUGGCAGCUACAGUUGUGAGAGUUUGAAAUCAUCGCAUCCUCCACAUCUCUGAUGUCUUUUUAUUUAUUUUAAUGUUUUGUAAAGAGGGUUUUACGUAUCAAGCUUUAACAGGACAGGCUGUAGAUCUCUGCUAGAAGGCUGACGUAAACGUGCUGCUGCUGUACACCAAGUGUUCCUGCGUUCUUUCGCAUCAGACGCUAGCGUCUGUUUCUGCCUGCACUCCAGUGCUUUAGUAGCUCAGGAAAGCAUUACAUUCACACAUCACUAAUUAUGCAAAUCAGUUCUUUAUUUCUGCUCUGUCUCACGUUUUCUCUCUUGGGUCUCUAGGCUGUAGUGAGUAGUAAAGUGUGCUACUUUUAGAGUGUGCUACACCUCAGUGUUUCUCUGAACACUUGGUUUGGUGCUAACGCUUUCAAUUGAUUGUUUUUAGAUGUUGAACGGGGGGUUUGUUAGCUAGUUCUCGCCUCGGCGCUGUCCUGUAACCAUCGCAUGCAUGUCUCUGUACCGAUUCGCAUAUCAGGACACACGUUGUGUGUGUGACGUUCACGCUCACGUUUCGGCUAUAUCACUGUUCUGUGUGCAAUUUUAGAAGAAAAAGAAAUGAUUUGAACCAAAAAAGAAUUUAUAUAGAAUGUGAUAGGAUGUUUUAGUUACUUAGAUUUGUAAUAAUUUCUAUUCGUAUGGAUUUUUUUGAGUGACGCCUCAUUUUACACCAAAUGUCACUUUUCUGGCUUCACAUGCUAAUGUUUUUUUUGAGAUGUUUUUAAAUAUUUUAGCCUUACUUUUUGGUGAAUUGGAAUAUUUAUGUACAAAUUUCUUUGUAUAUUGUGAUGUACAUAAAUAAAGUUUAUUACAGUUUA